ACCAGAUUUCCCUCCGCAAACGCUGACGCUUUUGGGCGCCGGCUUUAUUUUUCAAUUUUAGUGAUUAUUUUAUUACCAGUGGAAGUAUAAAUCCUAAAAAUGGCUUACAAAGGACCACCGAAAGUACAAAAGGUUAUGGUACAACCCAUUAACCUCAUAUUCAGGUAUCUACAGAACCGAAGCCGUGUGCAAGUUUGGCUUUACGAAAACGUUAAUUUGAGGAUCGAGGGUCACAUUGUUGGUUUCGACGAAUACAUGAACAUUGUCCUGGACGAAGCCGAAGAAGUUCAUAUAAAAACGAAGAACCGAAAACAAAUUGGCCGCAUUAUGAUGAAAGGAGACAAUAUAACAUUGAUUCAGAACGUCAAUCCGACGGCAACUUCAAACUAGGUUAUAAUUGUAAAAAAUUUAAGAACAUUCCUAGUUUUAAGUUUGAACCUCUCUGUGAACUGUGAAGUGCUCCACAGCAAUAUAAUUUUCGUAUUUGUCAUUAAACUAAGGCUCAUAAAA